AUGAAGGAUGAGAUAUUCCAUGUGCCACAGACACAGAGAUACUGUUCAUUCGACUUCUACACUUGGGACAACAAGAUUACUACCUUGCCUGGACUUUAUGUCUUGGCUACAUUGGGAUCUCAUGUGUUGCGAGUUGUUGUUCCUAUCAUGCCAUUCUGCUCCACUCAAUCACUGCGUCUAUUCAAUGCAUUGAUGAUAGUACCGGGCUUCUAUCUUGUAUAUCUUUGUCUAAUCAAACAACAAAGACAUCAACAAGGCAACACUUUGUCAGCACUACGUGCACUUUCAAUCAUACUACAUCCACUUCACUUCUUCUUCCAUCAACUCUACUACACAGAUGUAGUAUCCACUCUCUCCGUCCUACUUGUAUACUAUACUCAUCUUGAAGAGAUGUACACUCUAUCUGCAUUGAUUGGACUAUAUAGUGUAUUCACUAGACAAACCAACAUCAUAUGGGUAUUCUUUGUUGCCUUGUUGUCCAUACUCAACUUGCGCGAGAAGUCGAGGAGGAGCAAUGUCAAGACGAUGCAGCGAACAAACAUCUCACUGUUGGACGACUUACAGGACUUUGUGAUGUUCACCUUGUGGAAUGUACCUCUGGUCAUUAGACGACUGUGGGGAUACGUGUUGGUUGGUCUAUCAUUCGUGGCCUUCCUCUAUCUCAACAAUGGCAUUGUAGUUGGUGAUCGCAGUAACCAUGAAUCAUCGUUCCACUUUGCUCAGCUACUCUACUUCUCUCUGUACACUACAUUGUUCAAUGCACCAUCCAUCUUGCUAUCAUUCCUUAAUAGCCACAGAGAGGCUGCACGCGAUCCACUCUCAUUCCUUCGAGCCAUAGGCAACAACCCAACCAUGGCACUUCGUCUAAUCAUAUCAUCAUCAGUAUUCUUCUUCAAGAUGAUUCAACUAUAUACCUAUACACAUAUAUUCAUACUCUCGGACAACAGACAUUAUAGCUUCUAUCUUUGGAAUAGAGUUUUCGUUCCAUAUCCCAACUCAAAGUACUUCCUGAUACCAUUCUAUAUCUAUUCAAUAUGGCAGAUGUGGACAUCAUUGAGAGCGGCCUCCAAGUCAAUGCUCUGGGCACUAUUCUACCUACUUAGCGUAGCGAUCGUACUACUACCCUCACCACUAUUCGAGUGUCGUUACUUCAUUGUACCAUUCAUGAUAUAUCAACUCAAUUCAUUCACAUCAACAUCAUCAACAACUGUUAUAACUUCCAAACCAUCUUCCACCUCCUCCUCCACCUCAUCAUCCUCCAACUCCUCACAACUUGCAGGAACAAUACUCGACAUUCUAUUUGUAAUUGCAAUCAAUGCUGUAUCGAUUUAUGUAUUCAUCAAGUAUCCAUUCAAGUAUCCCGAUGGAACUGUCGGAAGGUUCUUUUGGUGA